CGGGGGCCAGGUGAGCUCUUCCUUGGGCGGCCCGUGGGAGGCUCCCAAUCCUUGCGGGACGCGCCCGGCCCAUUCCAGGUUUGGGAGGCGUUUCGGCGGAGCGGCUGGCCGGAUCCCGCAGAGGCAGGCGCUCAUGGGCCCCCCGGCAUCGCGGCGCGCGGGACCCGCGGCCUGGGGCUUCUUUCUGCUCGCGCUCGGGCCGGUGGCGGCUCUGGAAACGUUCACCCCUGGCACCCUGGAAGCGUUGAACGGGACCGACGUGCGCUUGAAGUGCACCUUCCGCAGUCCAGUCCCGGCGGGUCCGAAGCUGACAGUUUCCUGGUACUUCCAGUCGGAGCUGAAGGAGCCUCUGGAGGCGGUGCUCUACUACAACCACCGGGCUUACCCCUCCAAAUCAGGCCGCUUCCUAGACAGAAUCACCUGGGAUGGCAACGUACACAAAAAUGACGCUUCCAUUAUGCUCCACAAUGUGAGCCCCAAGGACAACGGGACCUUCCAGUGCCAUGUGAAGAACCCACCUGAUGUGGACGGUAUCAUUGGCGAGAUCCGGCUGAGUGUUGUAUUGAAAAGAAGCUUCUCGGAGGUGCAUAUUUUGGUCCUCACCAUUGGCAUUUCCUGUGCUGCAAUGGUCCUCCUUGUGGUGGUCGUGGUGAUCUGGCGUCACUGGCGGAGGAUGCCGCAAGACAAGACAAGGGAGGUGGGCAAGUCAGAGCAAUUGAAGCUGAAGGCAGGCGGAGAGGAAAAGGAGACCCCCCUGUCCGGAGAGGGGGCCCAUCGGUCUUGAUCCACCCAUGGACGCUGUGGCCUGCAGGAGACAAGACCUCACCUCUGCCGCCCACAUGACGCCAAAGGUCUGCCCCCUAGCUGGUCUCCUCCAUGUGUCUGAAGCAGUCGCCCUCCCCUGCCCACCUGGAGUAUGGAUUGCCUUUGGCUCAGUGACUGAAGACCUCAGGGCCACUGGCCACCAAGUUGGGUGGGUCAGCAGAAGAUCUGGUCAAGACAGACUGGCCAGGCCAAGCUUGGGGGAGGGCACUUUGCCAACUGUUCUGCUCUCUUUCCUGGGCCAAAGCCAAGGGGGAGCCCCCAACCACUUAGGGAAGGGUCUCCUCUUCCAACAGGAUCAAAGCCCCAUUUCUGUGGCCUGCCUGGAGUAGCAGGAGCCCUGCCUCAUUUUGUGCAGGCAGAAGGUCUUGGUGCAGCCAUUCCGUGUCCUUUACGGCUCUCCAGCCCAGGCUGACAGCACAAAUCUUUCCUUAAAACCAGAGUUUGCUUUCUCCUUUGGGAGGGUUUAAGAGCCCUGGACAAAAAACAAUUCUCUGGCCACUGAGCCCCUUUUAUGCAACACCAUUAUAGUGACCCUACCAACAACUACCUCUAAAACUCGGAAGCUUCAGAUAUUAGAGGACUGUCUGCUGGAUUUCUUACGGGCCACCCUUUCAUAUCCUUAGGUGACACACUUUCAUACACUAAUUUAUUUAAAGGGUCUUGUUAAAUUUUGUAUGCAAAUGGAAUAUUUUAUAAUAAAGAUACAAUUGCCUGGGAUUAAAAGUGA